UACGAUGGAAGGUUUUAUCCAAGCCGUAUCCCAACAAGUUCUGUCCAGAAGGCUGUUUUGGCUUUAUGUUCUGGAGUGGCUGCUCUGAAGAACCCCUACAAAACAAAUAUGAUUGCAGUGCUUGGGGAAACCACAGGGCAAAAGGCCCUGAUCAAGUUAAGGGAUCAGAUGAGAAAUUAACCUGAAGGUUACACUAUUCUCAUGUAUCAUCAAAGGAUCUGUCUAUCUACAUUAGACCUCACUCGAAUGUCUGCUUUGCCAGAUGGGGCUUUAGGAAGAGAGUAUCUACGUUUCCUAGAAGAAAAUAAAGUCACUCCAGACACAAGAGCUGAUGUAAAGUUUGUGGAUGAUGUGGAGCUAGCGUAUGUCAUGCAGCGAUAUCGUGAGGUCCAUGACCUGUUUUAUUCUUUGCUUAGUAUGCCCACCAAUAUGCUAGGUGAGUUAUUUGUUAUUUUACCUUUAACUAAGUAAAAUUUGAUAUUGUCUCUAUAUGUUGGAGUCAGCCGUCUACAGUUGCUGGCUCAGUCUCUGGGACCAUGGGCGCUGCCCAAUGACAGUCGUGCCCAAUGUGUUCUGAGCAUCUUCUAUGAAUGCCGCUGGGAGCAGGACCUUGAUGAACUGAGACAUGAGUUGGACAUUGAGCCACCACCUGUCGAUCUGAUCCCAUUCAGCAAGAAUACAUUCUCAAACUCAUAG